CUCUCUCUCUCCGUCUCUCUCUCCCUGCCUCCGAACAAAACCGACGGUUUCCGCGAAUGUGCGAGCUGCCUCCUUGCAAGCAGCCAUAAUUGGGAUUAUUCAGGAAUAAUUCGCUUAAUCCAGCCGUGUUGUUUUUGUUUUUGUUUUUUGUUGUUUUUUAUUUUGUUUUAUUUUCAUAUGUUGUGAUCUCGACAGCGUUUGCAAUGUGGAUUUCCUCGUGACAUCGCUGGAUUUGUCAAAAAUGUAUUUGUUCUCUCGUGGAGGCUUUUAUUGUGGACGAUUAAGAUGUAGUCCACCUUCGCUGGACAGCAACACAAAGACUGCAUAUUAACAGUUCAGGGUAAAUACAUCGCCUUUUUUUGUGACUGAAAGAUGGAAAAAAGAGACGUAUCGAGGCUGAUGUCUGUGUGGACUAAUUGUUCUGGUGCCACUGGCCAAUAUACAUGCCAAGACGAUUCAUUUAGGGGAUGCGCGAUCUUUUUUUCCUCUCUAACGUUUGUGGGUGGGUUAUUAUAAGCAUUGAAAAUCUGACAUCAUUUGGAUAUAUGAACAGAACAAGAUAUGUUUUUUUAUCGCGUCUCUUUCCAGCCCUCUGGAAACCCAUCUUCGACGUGAUGCAACAUAAAAUCUGUUUUCUCGGAUGAUAUUCAGACACAGACCAAAUGAACACAUCCCUCUCUAUGAGACAGUAAAAAAGGGUGGCAGUGGAUAUUUUUUUUUAUACAUAUCUAUUAAAUGUGGCUUUAACAGCAGAGUGCUCACCCUGGAUGGUUUGAUCAGCUGUUGAUUAUUAGAUAGCCUCUAUACCGUCUUAUGUUUAUUAUAUGUUGCUCAUUUCGAUUUCCAUGCGAUGGAUUUAUGCAUAACAGGUGUUGUUUGAGCCUGAGAGCACAGCAAGAGCAUGAGGCUUUAUUCAGUGUUUUUUCUCUCGAUUUGACAAACAGUGAGACAAAACGACUGGGAUCAUUUUUUUUGUUGUUGUUUUUAUCGUGAGAGAAGAACAGAUCAUUCACCCCCCCUCUCCCACCCCUCCCCAAAAAAAUGAGGGUAUGAAAGGUGGUGUGCUUGUGGACAAAGAGGAAAGAUGAGUCUGUCAUGUAGAAAAGACCCUUACGGCCUCUCCUUGUAAAGACGAGAGAGCCGUGGGAGGUGACGGCUGUAGGAGGAUCAGUAGUGUUUAUAAAGGGGCCGAACCAGGCAGGCUCUUGUGGAAGGAAGGUGAUAGAAUGGCUAACCAGAGCUUCGCCAUCGAUGGCCCUGGCAGUUUGCUGGCUGUGCUGGCCUCGCAGAGUGGACUGGCAAGAGGCGGCAGCAGCAGCAGCAGCAGCAGCAGUGACGGCAGCAGCAACAGUGGAGGAGUCUCAGCCACAGAUAUGUCUGCCUACUUUAAGCUGGUCUUCUUGGGUUUGAUCAUCUGUGUCAGCCUUGUAGGCAACCUCUUGGUCUCCCUGCUGGUCCUACGAGACAGGACACUUCACAAGGCUCCCUACUUCUUUCUCCUGGACUUGUGCCUGGCCGAUGCAGUUCGCUCAGCUGCCUGCUUCCCCUUUGUGCUGGUUUCCGUCCACAACAGCUCGGCCUGGACUUACAGUGCCUUGAGCUGUAAAGUUGUGGCUUUUAUGGCUGUGCUGUUUUGUUUUCACGCUGCCUUCAUGCUGUUUUGUGUGGCUGUCACCCGCUACCUUGCCAUCGCCCACCACCGAUUCUACGCCAAGCGCAUGACCAUCUGGACCUGCGCCGCCAUCAUUUGCAUGGUGUGGACUCUGGCUGUUGCCAUGGCGUUUCCACCUGUCUUUGAUGUGGGGACAUACAAGUUCAUCCGUGAUGAGGAUCAGUGCAUUUUUGAACACCGCUACCUGAAGACCAACGACACCCUGGGCUUCAUGCUCAUGCUCGCUGUGGUGGUCCUGGCCACCCACGGUUUCUAUGCCAAGCUGCUGCUGUUUGAGUACAGGCACCGCAAGAUGAAACCUGUCCAGCUGGUGCCGGCUAUCAGCCAGAACUGGACCUUCCACGGUCCUGGGGCCACAGGUCAAGCUGCAGCUAACUGGAUUGCUGGGUUCGGUCGUGGUCCCAUGCCACCCACUCUUUUGGGCAUCAGGCAAAAUUUACACAAUCAACACCGGCGGCUGCUCGGGAUGGAAGAGGUGAGGUCAGAGAGGAGGCUGGGCAGGAUGUUCUACACCAUCACCCUGCUCUUCCUGGUGCUCUGGGCUCCCUACAUCGUGGCGUGCUUCUGGAGGGUGUUUGUCAAGUCCUGCACCAUCCCUCACAGGUACCUCUCCAUCACAGUGUGGAUGAGCUUCGCCCAGGCUGGAGUCAACCCCAUCUUCUGUCUCCUGCUCAAUGAGGACCUGAGGAAAGUGCUGAGAGCUCACCUGCCCACCUACUGGAGGACUAAACAACACCUGCCCCAGGAUGAGGCCUACUGCAUUAUGUGAUAAGAUAUGAGCUUAAUGAAGAGAAUGUUUUAGGUUUUAAAGGGAAACGUGGAGAAUAGAAGUGAUAUAAUGCACCUUGGUUAAGUGUCAGUGUCUGUUUUGUUGUUUUGCACAACAAAAAUCACAUUUUUUGCCAACAAAUGCAGGCACAGUGCUACUUUAUGAAGAAUGUUGAUAUUUGAAUAAAUGUGUCUGGUGCAAAGGUUUGAACAGGACAAAAGAAAAGCCUUGGUAACUCUUUAAUGGUUUGUAUUUCUGAUGAUGUACUGUAUGAUUAAGAAGUAGGAAGGAUCACAACAAUCACCACUCCAACUAAGUGUGACAGAUGCCAUUUUAAAUUGAUGUUGCCUUAUUUCAGAGGGACACGCCCCAGAGUUUUUCGACUGAGAACUGGUUGCUGUGUCACAUGCGACACAAAACAGACACACAGAGGGUUGAAAUCCUUGAAGAAAAGUGCUGUGGACUGUGAAUAGAAAGUGUUGAUCAGAGCGUUACUAACUCUGAAACACAUCAAGGAACUCAAACGGUCUGAAUGGAUUGAUAGACCACCCCGGACACCUUUUCAUUGAAUUCAAAGGAGACUGCAGAAUAUUGAAUGGACUCAAUAACCUUGGAUACGUUUAAAUAGCUGUUGUGAACCCAAGAAGCCCCUAACAUGCUUGAUUUUUUGGACUUGAUUUAGGGCGUGUCAGGUUUCUUUGUAUCAUAAAAAAAUUGCCUGUUUUCCUUUAUUUGUAAACUAUACAUGUUAAGCAGAUGACACUAUUUUGAAAUAUGACUUGAUUUGAUAUUGUAUAGACUGUACAGGAAUGUAUAUUCCUGCUUGUGUGUUUUUAUAUAGCAUUUGUGUGUAUGUGUGUGUGAGAGGAAGAGGUAGAAAAAUGAAAAAAAAGGGAGGAGGGAGGGUGGAGAAAGAGAGAGAGAGAGAGUGAGAGAUAGAGAGAAAGAGAUAAUGAUAAUAGAAUAGGUUCCAGUGAUACUGAGUCAAUAUGAAAGCAGCCUCAUCUUGUGGUCUCAAAAUCAUGCAAAAUUGAACAGUCAUCAUAUGGAAAUUUAUCCUUUAAAUGGAUUUCCAUAAUUGAAAAUGUAGUCUUAUUUUUAAUCGUAAUGUACAAGCAAAUGUGAAAUACAGAUGGAGAAUGAAAAGGGGGACCGAAUAAUUAGAAAAUGACAAUUGUACAUUGCAAACAGGCCAUAGGAUUUAAUGACUUGAAUGAUGAUGUAAAUUAUGAUGUUUUGAAAAAAAAAAAUCAUUAGCAAAUGAACAUUUAUUUGCAAAUGAUGAUCUUGGGAAUGUUUUUAAAGUACUGUUAUGCUCUCAUGAGAAUACAAAAAAAAAAAAAAAUGAAGAAAUGAAGUGGCACUUAAUGUGAAGGAAACUUGAAUGUUACCAGGCCCUCUUAUAUUUCCCCUCUACGUAAAUGUCACCAUUUGAGUGUCUGGAUCAUCUGGAUACAUUUAAUAUCAAAACGUCUUCAGGCUGGAAACGACCCCAGAGAUGUUUGGUGUAUGGAACCGGCUUAGCCUACAUUAAGCUGUCUCUCCAAAUUAAGAUUCAUGUAAUGCAAAUGUCUGACCUACAGUAUGUUCGGCAUAGAUAUAUUUGUGCAGUCAAUUUUCUAAAUGUGGACACUUGCACAGCAUACUGUAUUAGCAUGCAUUCCACUGCAUUUCAUAGAUUCAAGACUGGGGAUUACAACUUGUACAGAUGUUGAUAUGGAAAGACAAAGUGAAAAGUGAACUGAGGUCCAUAAUUUUUACGUCUGGCAUUCCUUCGCGAAAUGAUAUCCUGUAACUGUACAGUUUAACGGAGGUGGUUCUUUUGCCCACUCAUCAAUAAAGACUCUACUUUUGA